CACGAGUGUGGGGAAAACGCAAAGUAUGUAAAGUUUCGUUUAUCAUUCAGUCGGAUCCCCAACCAUCCACCCCUUUUGUGCACUGUUGCCUUCUCUCGAUGCGUUGCAGCACACAUAUAGCAGAGUGUAAACAUAUACAAUCAUUAAAGAUCCAGCCAAGUAGUGGACCUGUUUACUUAUGAGCAUUUUACCAAAUUACUCUGGAGCCAGAAUAUCUGGUUGCUGGACCCUGAGAUCUGAUGGCCGUGGAGCUGGUGAGGGCUCACUGGACCGUCUCCUUCCCUCAGUAAGCGCAGGCCUUUCACCUCGAAAAAGGACCACCAGUCAGUGCAAAUCUGAGCCACCUCUCCUCCGCACCUCCAAGCGCACUAUCUACACUGCUGGGCGCCCCCCCUGGUACAACGAGCAUGGCACCCAGUCCAAAGAAGCCUUUGUCAUCGGUCUGUGUGGCGGCAGUGCUUCAGGGAAGACAACUGUUGCUAGAAAAAUCAUUGAAGCUCUAGAUGUUCCAUGGGUAGUCCUGCUUUCCAUGGACUCCUUUUACAAGGUCCUCACUACAGAACAACAGAGUCGGGCUGCCAGUAACGACUACAAUUUUGACCACCCUGAUGCUUUCGACUUUGAUCUACUGACGCACACGUUGCGCAAACUCAAGCAGGGCAAGAGCGUCAAAAUUCCUGUGUAUGACUUUACAACUCAUGGAAGACAGAAGGAGUGGAAAACAGUAUAUGGAGCUAGUGUUAUCAUCUUUGAGGGGAUCAUGGCCUUUGCAGAUAAAGAUCUCUUGCAGUUGCUGGACAUGAAAAUCUUUGUAGACACAGACUCAGACAUCCGGCUAGUGCGGCGGCUGAGGAGGGACAUAACCGAGAGAGGCCGUGACAUCGAGGGCGUCAUCAAACAGUACAACAAGUUUGUCAAGCCGGCCUUUGAACAGUACAUCGAGCCCACCAUGCGCCUGGCUGAUAUUGUAGUGCCUCGUGGUGGUGGCAACAUGGUGGCCAUUGAUUUGAUAGUGCAGCACGUCCACAGUCAGCUGGAGGAGAGGAAACUUCGCUGGGAUAUGGCAGCCCUGGCCUCCGCUCACCAAGCCCAGCCCCUCCCCCAGACGCUCAGCGUUCUGGAGAGUACACCCCAGGUCAGAGGCAUGCACACCAUCAUCAGAAACAGAGAAACCAGCCGUGAUGAGUUCAUCUUUUACUCCAAGAGGUUGAUGCGUCUGUUGAUCGAGCGAGCGCUCUCCUUCCUCCCAUCACAGCUCCAUGUAGUCCAGACCCCCCAGGGAGAAGAUUAUGAAGGCAGGACUUUCCACGGGAAGGGGAUCACUGGCGUGUCCAUUUUACGGGCUGGAGAGACCAUGGAGCCUGCACUAAGGGCCGUGUGCAAAGACGUCCGCAUUGGAAAAAUCCUCAUCCAGACCAACCAGGACACAGGAGAGCCAGAGGUCCAGCUUCACUACCUGCGCCUCCCCAAAGACAUAAGUGAAGAUCACGUGAUCCUGAUGGACUGCACCGUGUCCACCGGCGCUGCUGCCAUGAUGGCCGUGCGAGUCCUGCUGGACCACGACGUACAAGAGGACAAGAUCCUCUUGGUCUCCCUGCUCAUGGCUGAAAUGGGCGUCCAUUCUGUGGCCUACGCCUUCCCACAGGUCAAGAUCAUCACCACGGCUGUAGACAAGAAGGUCAACGACUUAUUCCACAUCAUACCUGGCAUUGGAAACUUUGGUGAUCGAUACUUUGGAACUGAUGCCCCUCCUGAAUGGAGUGACGACGACAUGGACGAGCCCAGUUACUGAUUCUUGCUGGAUUCUGUGCCAGGUGGUCCAACAGCAAUUGGUGCAUUGUUUGUUUAAAUUAUUUUAUUGCUUAAAAGAGAUGGAUCGUGAUAUCAAGGUGAACAUAUUUUUGUACAGUAUGUUAGUAACUUUUACUUUGCUGUUUGGCCUUAAAAAGUGUAAUACUGUGGAAGACACAACUGAAUGUGCAACUCUUGUACACAUUAUCUCAAAUCAGCACACCAACGUAACUUUUUCAUGUGCACUUCCUCAACAACAAUUCAGUUGGAAAAUACUCUUUUUUAUGUUUUUGUUUUUAAAGGUUUCUAGAUCAGAGAUGUGACUGACUAUUUUAAACUUUAAAUUAUCGUGCUCCUACGUAUCUAAUCUAGUGGUUCUCAAACUAUGUUCGCCAUGUACCACUCUCCAAGUACUGCCAUAAUGACCAACAUUGAAAUACAGUAUCGUCGUAGGGCUUAAUAUUUAUUAAAAAUCAUAUACAUUUUUAUAUUUUUGUCCACUGUAACAUUAGACACUGUUUUAACAGUAACACUGUGUUUAAAUAUAGGAAAAUAAAAUACUCUACUUUAAUCUUUGGCAUACCACUAGUGGUACACGUACUGCAGUUUGAGAAUCACUGAUCUAAAGAAAAGACAACAGGAAUUCAAAAAAAUAAGUUGUUUUCAAAUACUUUUAUAAAAUGCACUACUUUACCUUCUAUUUGUACAAGAAAGUAAAGUUCUCCCCAAAAACUUUUACUUGGUUGUGAAAGUAUUCCUUAGGUACUUUUACUUUUAAGGUCUCAUCCGCUUUUCCUCUGUAAAAAGAUGCCAGCCCGUCAGCUCACAUGCGCUCCCUCACAGUCAACCAGGGUACUGUGCACCUCACUUUAUGGCAUUUCUCAAAUUUAAAGUCGGGUUAGUGAGAAUAAUCAUUUCAUACUUACAUUACACCCGUCCAACGGCAAAACUCAGUAACUGAAUGUUGGUCAAACCUGAGCUGAUAAUAAUUUUGGAGUUCCUAGGUGAUAUGCUUUACAUUAGUGUAUGCGAUAUUGUAAUUUGUUCCGUAAGUAAGCUGUUACGCGCAUGGCAGGACCUAGCAACUACCACAUAACCGCGUAGAUACAACAGAAAAACCUAGUAUCUCAAGGGACCAAUCGGAGCUUCUUUGUCAGUCGCCUUAUUGUCUUCAAUGAGACAUUUGCACGAAUGGGGCCGACGGUCAACCUGAUUAUGUGAUAUUAUGGCACAAGGGGAUAUUUGGAAGAUUGGCUCCAGGACUUUGCAAGCACCUUCAUUAAAUGUAUUGUUCUUGAUUCUUCCCCUAGCAUACUCUUUUGGGCAGAUAACUGUGGAGGUCAAAAUAAAAACUGGACGCUGCCCAGUGUGCAAACGCAGAAUGGGGCCCACCAGAGAUUGUGAUAAAAUAUCUGGAGAAAGGGCACACGUUCAUGAGAGCAGAUUCAAUCCAUGGCUCAAUCGGCAAGAAAAUGAAAGCUCAAGAAAACAUCUAUACGUGUGAUGACUUUGUAAAUCUUUGUAAGACAGCAUCAAGAUAGAUUGAUUUUCCUUUGUUUUCUCAAAAUCAGAUAGAAGUGAGUUACUAGGUUUUGCCUUUGGACGGGAGAUUAAAGACGUCACACAGGCAGUGAAACUUUGUGUUUUUGCAAAUAUUAUAUUGCUGGCAAACUAAAAAGUUUGAGGUUGAGUCCCAAUUUAUGAUGGAUUGCACAAUCAGAGGGUAGCCUCAUCUCAAGUUUCUGCUCUGUAUUUGACCCAAAAAUUUUGCGAAUUCAGCUAUUAUUACUUAACAAAACUUUGCCGGAUGAUAAUCACACUGACAUAUAUUCGUAACAGUUCAAUGGACUAAUGUUAAAGGGGAGCUAUGAUUAUUUUAAAACACAUUUUGUUGUGGUCUCGAUUAUGUUUUGGAUCAAUUUCGCUCCACAAUCACUUUUUUAACCUACUUUCUGAAUAUGUCUGCAAGAUGUUCGUUUUAUGAGGCGUUCCCGGAUUGCAACAUUAAAAACAUUAUAUAGAUUAACUUGAUCACAGCAUUAUAAACAUUAUAUAGAUUCACACGGUCACAAUUUAUGAACAUUAUAUGGAUUAACUUGGUCACAACAUUUUAAACAUAUAGAUUCACUUGAUCACAACUUUAUAAACAACAUUUAUAUUCACUUCAUAACAAUAUCAUAGACAUUAUAUAGAUUCACCCGGUCACAAUUUAUAAACAUUAUAUACUGUAGAUUCACAUGAUCACAACAUUAUAAACAAAUGGAUUAACUUGAUCACAACAUUAUAUAGAUUCACCCAGUCACAAUUUGUAAACAUACAUUCACCCGGUCACAAUUUAUAAACAUUAUGUAGAUUCACUCGGUCACACUUUAUAAACAUUAUAUGAUGUAGAUUCACUUGAUCACAACAUUAUAAACAUAUACAUUCACUUGAUCACAACAUUAUAUAGAUUCACCCGGUCACAAUUUAUAAACAUACAUUCACUCAGUCACAACUUAUUAACAUUAUAUAGAUUCACCCGGUCACUAUUUAUAAACAUUAUAUAAUGUAGAUUCACUUGAUCACAACAUUAUGAACAUAUAGUUUCACUUGAUCACAACAGUACAUAGAUUCACCCGGUCACAAUUUAUAAACAUAUAGAUUCACCCGGUCACAAUUUAUAAACAUAUAGAUUCACUUGAUCACAACAUAUAUACAUUAUAUAGAUUCACUUCAUCACAACAUUAUAAACAUAAAGAUUCACUUGAUCACAACAUGAUGUAGAUUCACCCGGUCACAAUUUAUAAACAUUAUAUAGAUUCACCUGGUCACAAUUUAUAAACAUUAUAUAGAUUCACCCAGUCACAAUUUAUAAACAUAUACAGUACAUUCACCCCGUCACAAUUUAUAAACAUUAUGUAGAUUCAUCACAACAUUAUAUAGAUUCACCCGGUCACAAUUUAUGAACAUUAUAUAGAUUCACUUCAUCACAACAUUAUAAAUAUAUAGAUUCACUUGAUCACAACAUGAUAUAGAUUCACUUGGUCACAAUUUAUAAACAUUGUAUAAAUUCCCCCGGUCCCAAUUUAUAAACAUUACAUAGAUUCACCCAGUCACAAUUUAUAAAUAUUAUAUAGAUUCACCUCAUCACAACAUUAUAAACAUAUAGAUUCACUUCAUCAAAACAUGAUAUAGAUUCACCUGGUCACAAUUUAUAAACAUGAUAUAGAUUCACCCGGUCACAAUUUAUAAACAUGAUAUAGAUUCACCCAGUCACAAUUUACAAACAUUAUAUAGAUACACCCAGUCACAACAUGAUAUAGAUUCACCCGGUCACAAUUUAUAAACAUCAUAUAGAUACACCCAGUCACAACAUUAUAAACAUUAUAUAAAUUCACCCGGUCACAAUUUCUAAACAUUAUAUAGAUUCACCCAGUCACAUCAUUAAAUACACUUGCACACUCCGAUGGCUAGAGAGCUGCAUAAAAAAGCAAACAACUAUGUCCCCGCAUGUCGCACGUGUGUGCUAUUCUAGUCAUGCCAACAUUAGAUGGAAACGAUUCUUCAUCCUACCUCAUCUUCAUGUUUCCUCAAACCAAGUCGUAAUGUUGCCGCCGUUUUCUGUUGAAGUUCAGCUACUAAUCCAGUUUAGUUUUGGCCCGAAUGUAGUGCACGAAAAGACAAAGAAGUAUUUAUUUACUUAUUUAUUAUACUAGAGACACUAGUGAUUUAGGGCUAUAUAAAUAAUCAUUGAUUGAUUGAUUGUUUGAUAUUUCAUAUUUAUUUCAUAUUCAUAAAGCAGGUGUGAGGUGAUGAAACGAGACGAAAUAUACGAAAGUUCCAGCUGUGUGGACUCAGCGGGGGGGGCUUUCUGACACAAUACGACCAAGCGUGCCCACAUAUGUACGUCCACCUCACUGUGACGUCACAAAUCCCCCACCUAAAAAAAUAUAUACUGCAAAACCUGGCAAACAGAGGUAACCAAAACUGAGUGCACGCUCACGCUGAAAUGGACAAACUUUGAUAUUUCAUGCUUUGGCGUUGUUUAACUUUAUUAUCCAACAUUUAUAAGUUACUAUUGAUUUGAUGUAACUUUUUUUUUUAACCUCUAAUUCAAACCUUUGCUCUUUGGGGUUUUGUCAAAUGUAAUUAUUGAGAAUCAUGCACAUAAGACUGAAUGACACUUUACAAAAAGCAACAACCAGCAAGCAAGGAAGUCGUACGUAUUUUAAGUUUCUGUUAGCUUAUUUUCCUCAUUUCACUUUCACUGCCCGUCUUGUUGCAAUGCUCUCACUCCAGUGCACUGCAGCUCUAGUGCAACAUGGACUUUUAAGUCCCAUAACAUGCAGACUUUCAAAGGCUUUAUGGCGGAACGUUUGUGCCGUACAACAAGUAAGAGAUGUGCACUGCUUUGUUUACAACCUUUGAUGCUUGUUUUUAUAUGUGCAAUAAAGUGCAAUAUCUGAAUAUUCAAA